UACACAGGGGUGGAAUAAGAGAAAAUGUAUUAUCUGCGGGACCCUGCCUUGAUUUUUGCCCUUACCUGCAUGCAUCUCUGUGCCUGCUCAGUGGGACCAUAUCUACAUUUGAGAAAUUAGGGUGAUAACCAGCAUUUGGAGCCUCCCCUCCAGUACACCUGUAACAUGCAGACCUUGCAUCUGCACACACAGCUGCUACCUGUGGUGCACAGGCAUUUGCUCAGCACUUUGGAUUGUGCUUGCUCUGCCACACCUAACCACCUUGUCAACCCCCACCUCCCAAGCCAGUUGCCAUCAGUGCAGUGCCUGUGUGGAUAGCAAGUGAUGGCAUAUUAGCUCUAACCCCCAGUGCAAAUAGUCCUCCUGCUACUGUCCCACAGUGCAUCAGUUACUGCUUAGAUGAUUGGUCUCAUGUUUCUGUUCUCUGUUGGUUGAGGGUCAAAGGAGGGAUUUUUUUUGCCUUUUGGAUGUUUUAAAAUUUGCAGGGAAGAUUUGUACAUGUACCAAAAAGAGGGCAUGUGUCCAGGAAUAGGACUGCCAGUGGAAUGCUGCCAAGCAUGUACUGUCUGCUCUGUCAAUGUGUGCUCUGACAAUGAGCAUCAACUCCUCCUUCAGCAAUGGGAAGGGCCUGAGAAACCUCACAGCACAGGAAGACAGGGCAGUCAGAGUCACCGAGUCGAUUGCUAUUAUCGUCAUUGCUAUUUUCAUCUGCUUGGGCAACUUGGUGAUUGUCGUCACCCUCUAUCGGAAGUCUUACCUCCUUACGCUGAGCAACAAGUUUGUGUUCAGUCUGACACUGUCCAACUUCCUUUUGUCUGUCCUGGUGCUUCCUUUUGUCGUCACCAGCUCCAUCAGGCGGGAAUGGAUCUUUGGAGUAGUUUGGUGCAACUUUUCUGCCCUGCUUUAUAUGCUGAUCAGCUCGGCCAGCAUGCUAACUCUUGGUCUCAUUGCUAUAGAUCGGUAUUAUGCUGUCUUGUAUCCAAUGGUGUAUCCAAUGAAGAUUACAGGAAACAGAGCAGUUGUAGCCCUUGUGUAUGUGUGGCUACACUCCCUCAUUGGCUGUCUUCCUCCUCUCUUUGGCUGGUCUUCCUUGGAGUUCGAUCAAUUCAAAUGGAUGUGUGUGGCUGCGUGGCAUAAGGAGGCAGGCUACACAGCCUUUUGGCAGAUCUGGUGUGCUUUGCUGCCCUUCCUGGUUAUGAUGAUCUGCUACGGAUUCAUAUUUCGCGUGGCUAGGAUUAAAGCGCGCAAGAUUCACUGCGGUAGCGUGGUCAUUGUAGAGGAGGAUGCUCAGAUGAAUGGGAGAAAGAACUCUAGCACCUCCACCUCCUCUUCGGGCAGUCGAAGGAAUGCUUUCCAAGGGGUUGUCUACUCAGCCAAUCAGUGCAAAGCUUUCAUAACCAUCUUGGUUGUCAUUGGUGCUUUUGUGAUCACAUGGGGGCCCUACAUGAUAGUAAUUACGUCAGAAGCACUUUGGGGGAAAAACAGCAUUUCUCCUGCUCUGGAGACAUUAGCAACAUGGUUAUCUUUUUCAAGUGCCAUUUGCCAUCCACUGAUUUAUGGACUCUGGAACAAAACAGUGCGCAAAGAACUAUUAGGAAUGUGUUUUGGGGACCGGUAUUACCGGGAGUCAUUUGUUCAGCGUCAUAGGACAGCCAGAUUAUUCAGCAUUUCCAAUAGGAUCACAGAUCUGGGACUAUCUCCCCAUCUCACAGCUCUCAUGGCAGGUGGGCGGCCUUUAGGAAACAGCAGCAGCACAGGGGACACUGGUUUCAGCUACUCUCAGGAUUCAGGGACAGAUGUGAUGCUGCUUGAGGAUUAUAGUUCGGAUGGAGCUCAUCACUCGCAUUACGUUUAUCCCUAUCGACGGAGGAGUUCGGUGACAUUUGAAGACGAAGUGGAGCAAAUCAAAGAAGCUGCAAAGAAUUCUGUUCUCCAUGUAAAAGCUGAAGUCCAUAAAUCUCUGGACAGUUAUGCAUCCAGUUUAGCCAAAGCUAUUGAAGCUGAUGUAAAAAUCAGCUUGUUUGGAGAAGAUGCUUUACCAGGAUCUUUGUUUCCUUCGCGGACUGUACAAGGCAGCAAUGUGAGUGCACGGCGUGGUGGCAGAGCCCAAGCUGGCCAAAGACUUCAGCUGCAAAGCAUCGAUGAAGGGAAUAUUUGACAAGAGCACUGAACUAGAAGAAACCACUAAGUAGGACCCAGUAUAGUAAUAAUUAUUUUAAAUGGCUUAAUUUCAGUGUUUUAGUCAAGAACACUUGAAAAUACCUGAAUACUUGUCUUUAAAUACAUACAUCUAUAUUUUAGAACAGUAUUUACUUACUGUUCAGGGUACUGUAGAUGUGUUUGUGUAAUGUUUUUAUCCAUUAUACAGCACAUAAAAACAUAGGAUUUGCUUUACUGGACCAAAUCACUGGUCCAUCAGAUCAAGUAUCCUUCAGUGACCAAUUCCUGAUAUUUCAUAGGAAAUCCAAACAAACAAACAAAAACCAUGCAGCAUUAUAUAUGGUGUUGUAGAGAUUUUUUCCUGACCCAUGGGGCUAUCAAUGUAAUCCCUAAAAGAGGAAAUUUGAUGGCUCUACUGACUGGGAACUUUAUAUACAGUGUUAAUUUGGACCAUGGAUUUAACUAAAGCACAAAAUCUGAGCCUAGUUUUCAGAUUUCCAGGAUCCCUUUUAUCCAAAUUACUGUCCUGUUCACCUUUGGUGGUGGAUUAUAUUUUUGACUGUGCAACCAUGGGAAUGCUAAAUAUGAGGCCAUAUUACACAUUGCUUUUGUUCCACUGGACAAAUGUUUUACUACAGAGAGCCGAUACAUCAUUCUCACAUAUGUAAUGGGUAGAGGCAGACAAGCACUGGAAAGAUGGCAGAAAUAGUUUUAGAAGAUGGACAGAUUUUGUUUGGGGAUUUUUAGUUCUCAAUGAGAAUUACAAUUUGCUUUCCUUGUUUUGUUUUUACUUAGAGGCAUUGUACAGCCACUGAGAUUAAACAAGGAUGACAUAGAAUAUAAAUACUGUAUUGCCACUUAAUAUUGACGUUAUACUGGAUUCAUCCUUUAUACACAGAAAAGCUUUGUGAGUUGGAUUUUUAUGAGGGAGUAUAUCUUUUUGUGUUGUUUAAGCAAUAGCUACCUCAGUACAAGUAUUUCUUGGAGUUUAACUCAUUAAAUCUUAAAAUAACAAUAUUUAGCACUUAUAUAGCACUUUUCAUAUUCCAAGCGCUGUACAAAAAUGAAUUAAUCUUUACAGCCCCCUAGACCCAAGAGGCAGGUAGGUGGGUAAGCAGUAUAAUUCCCAUUUUUGCUGAAGCAUUAAAACAGGGGUUCUCAGACUUUUGUACUGGUGACCCCUUUCACACAGCAAGCCUCUGAGUGCGAUUUCCCCAUUGUACAUUAAAAACACUUUUUAAUGUAUUUAACACCAUUAUAAAUGCUAGAGGCAAAGUGGGGCUUGGGGUGGAGGCUGACAGCUCGCAACCCCCCAUGUAAUAACCUUAUGACCCCCUGAGGGAUCCCAACCCCCAGUUUGAGAACCCCUGCAUUAAAGUGAAGGGCCAAGUUUGCCAGAAGUGCUCACUCAUUUUUUGUGACUCAGUUUUUGAGUGCCCACAUGGUAGUUGCAGAUGCUCAAAACCUCUGAAAAUCAGGGACAAGGCAUCUCAGUUUGGGCACUUAAAACCUGAAAAUUAGAGAGCUCUUGUGACAAUUUGGCUGGUGUGACUUACCCAAGGCCAUAGACAGAAUAUCAGAAGGUAAGAUCUCUGGAUUUCAUGAAACUCAAUCCCAUUCUUAAGCCACUAGAUCACACCUUUCUCUGGUCCCAGUUCAACAAAGCAUUCAAGUACAUGCAUAAAUCCAUCCCUAUUCAGCAAUGCACUUAAGCUCAUGCCUAACUUAAGUAUUUGCUUAUGUCCCAUUGAAGUCAAUGGGAUUUAAGUGUAUGCUUGAAAUUAAGCAUGUGAUUUGCUGAAUAAAGAUGGACUGUUGAAUUGAGACCUUUACAAUCCACUAAAUGGGGUGUUUUGCAUAGUUACAAAAUAUUCAGGAAUGAAAUAGUUAAUAACAA